AUGCUUCUCGGUGGCACGAGCACGCGCAAGAUGGCGCUGCUGCUCGAGCUGGCGGCCGACGACAAGUGGGCGGAGAUCAACGAGUUCCUCAAGAAGGGCCACGUCGGCAACCUCCACGACCGCAACGACGAGGGCCUCACGCUCUUCCUGCAAGCGUGCGAGAGGGGCAUGGCGAGCACGGUUGCGGCGCUCAUGACCUUUUCCGUCUUUGACUCGCUCCUCCACGACGUGGCUUCGGAUGGCUCCAACGGACUCCUCCUCGCGUGCGCCAAGGGCCAUUUGGACGUUGUGAACCUCCUCCUCAUGCGGCCGAUCAACGUCAACUUUGAAAACCACGUGGGCUGGACGGGCCUCAGCAUUGCAUGUCACUAUGGCCACGCGCCGAUCGUCGCGCGGCUCGUGCGGCAUCCUGACGUGAACGUGGCCGUUGCCAACGAGUUUGGUAGCGACGGCUUUCUCACCGCGUGCAUGGAAGGCCACACGGACGUGGUCGCCGUGCUCAUUAACCACAGCGCGAUUGACGUCAACAAGACGCAUCUGAACGUGCGGCAAGAAUCGCCGGGCCGCAAGAGCCGGUCGUUUACGAGUCGACAGCGCAUCACCGACAACGAUGGCUGCUCGGGCUUGAUGUACGCGGCGAGCCUCGGCGUCGAUGGCCUCGUCGCGCUGCUUCUGCGCCACCCCAAGAUCGACGUCAACCAGCCCAACGCGAAUGGCCGGACGGCGUUCAUGCGGGCGUGCAAGAAUGGCCAUUUGGGUGUUGUCACGCAGCUCCUCGGGCACCCCAAUUUGGACAUGAACCAAGUCGACCGCAACGGCUGGAACGCACUCAUGUGGGCGGUGAGCGAGAGCCGCAUCGAGGUCCUUGCUCUGCUCGCGACGCAGGAGACGCUGGCCGUCAACCACUACGCCAACAAUGGCGUCACGGCGCUGUUGCGGGCGUGCCAGUACGCCGACGUGCCGGCGGUCACGGCGCUCCUCCAGCACCCGCACAUCGAUGUCAACUGCACCAACAAGAAUGGCAUGACGUGCCUCAUGUAUGCGUGCAGCCAAGGCGAGACCGCGAUCGUGGCGCAGCUCCUCUUGCAUCCGCACGUGGACGUCAACCAUAUGAACCAGUCGAGCGGCACGGCGUGCAUGUUUGCGUGCAAGAACGGCCACUACGACAUGGUCAAGCUGCUCCUGACGCACCCCGAUUUCGAGUUCAAUCUGCAAGACGAAACGGGGUGGCACUGCUUGCUGUAUGCGUCGAGCAACGGGCAUGCGCCGAUCGUGGACCUCCUCCUCGAGCACGACCAAGUCGACGCCAACGUCCCCAACGCCAACGGCGAGACGGCGUUCCAGCACGCAUGCCACCACGGACACCUCCAAGUGGUCCUGAGCCUCCUGCGCGUGCCCGAGAUUGACGUCAACGCCAAAGACAACGAUGGCUGGACCGGCUUCAUGCUGGCGUGUUCAUUUGGCUGCACGGCCAUCGUGGACGAGCUUCUCGCGCGCGACACGCUCGUCGAGUUCAACCAUACCAACCACAGCGGCUUUACCGGGCUCAUGCUGGCAUGCCAGAACGGUCACCAUGACAUUGUCGUCAAGCUCAUCACGCACGGCGACGUCAACAUCAACGCGACAAGCACGGUCGGUGUCUCGGCCUUGAUGCUUUGCUGCGAGAAGGGCAACUUGCAGCUCAUUCGCGCCUUCUUUGACGCGGCCGAUGCCUCGGUCUUGGACGUCAACCAGAAGAACCACGAAGGCAUGACGGCCGCGGAUUUCCUGGCGCGCAACUUGCACUGCGCCGAGACCGAUCCGUCGCUCAACGAAGAGAUCGCGUCGAUCAUUGCGACCUUGCUGCACAUGGGCAGCUCCCUCAACGAGCGGAAGCGCAGCACCGUGUGCAAGGGCGAGUGCAAGGGCCACGCCGUCAACCUCGCGCAAAUCGCUUGGAACAAAAAGUGGCCGCUCGUCGAGCAGUACCUCCUCGAAGACUCGUUUGGCGACAUCAACAAGACGUACCUGGGCUUCUCGGUGCUCCACCGUGCGUCGACUGACGGCCAAGAGCGCCUCGUCGCCAAGAUUCUUGCGUACAAGAGCGUUGACAUCGACCAGCUCGACAAGGAUGGCAAGACGGCGCUCGAUCUGGCGAUUGAUCAUUUGCGUGUCGGGUGCGUCCAGCUGCUCCUGGCCGCCGGCGCUGUCCUGUUCCACAGCGUCAAGAGCAAGUCGCGCGAGUUUCAUCGCACGACAGAGUCGUCGGACGAACGCGAACUCGCGUCGCAAGCGCUCAUCCAGGAGCUUCUCACGGCCGAGCAGCGUCAGCGCGACCAGUACCCGCUCCACUCAUACCUCCGCUUUGAUCGCAUCCACGACUGCAUCGACAACCUCCCCCGUUUCCAGCAUAUGCUCGAAGAAGUCGACGCCGACGGCAAAACGAUUCUGAUUCUCGCCGCGGAAAGAGGCCUCGUGGACCUUGUGGUGGCGCUGCUCCGGGAAGGCGCCGAGAUUGACAACCCGCAGUGGGACCCCUCUACGUCCAUCAACGGCAAGACGGCGCUCGUCUUUGCGGCCAUGGCCGGCCACGCCAACGUUGUCCAAGUCCUCCUCUCCAACCUCGCCGACAUGGACGUCAUCUUCACCGACAACCACAUCAAGUAUACGGUGCUGGCGUGGCUUGACGCGCAGCUCGAGACGUCGUAUGAUGCGGCGCUCCUUGAAUGCAAGGACAUGAUUGAGAAGGAGAUCUUCUACCGCGCCAACUCGUCCGUCUACGUCGACAAGCUCAAGUCGACACUGUAUGCGCGCCGGACCAACGAGCCAUUUGACGAGGGCUUGUUCAAGCGCGUCGUGCAUGCCGACCCAGCCCUCGGGCGCAUCUUGCUCGACGACUGCAUUGAGCCCGACCGCCACACGCUGGGCUUCACCAAGCUCGAUCAAGUGUACGGAAGCGAACUCAUCCAGCACAGCCCGCUGUACACGCUCGUCAACUACACGUCCGACAACAACGAGCGCGUGUACGAAGCCAAGAAGCUCUUGGAACACGUCGUCAUGCAGCGCAUUCUUGCGCUCAAGUGGGAGUUUUUCGCCCAGCGGCUCUUUAUUGAGGAGCUGCUCAUGCACUCGGUGCUCGUCAUCUCGAUGACGCUCUCAGUGACACUCGACCCCAAGCCGACGACGCAGUCGGCCGAAAUGACGCUCUGGGUCAUCAUGAUGGUGCUCGUCUCCAACGGUCUCCUCGGCGUCCAAGCACUUCGCCCUGGCACGCUCUGGAACUUGGCCAAAGGCCUCGAACACGGCUGGCCGUCGCCCAUCGUGCCGCCGCUAGCGUCGCUCAAGAAGAUGGUCAAGUGGGGCAUUGCGGCCGGCGUCGUGCUGAGUUCGCUGGGCACCACUGCCUUGCUUCUUUGGCUCGUGUUUCCACAUCUCCCGGGACACCUCUCCAACUUUCUCGUCUUUACCUCCCUCGGCCUCUCAACCUUGUACUUUACUUUGCUCGAGUUCAAGGAGUACCGCGGCGAGAGCUCCGCCGAGAAGACCCCGAAGCAGCGUAAGGAGGCGCGCAUGUUCCACAUUGGCUGGAAGUAUUUCGAGUCGUUUGUCAACAUUUGGCAGCUCGGCUCGUACUUUAGCAUCCUCUGCGUCUACAUUCCCGCGUCCUUGGGUCUCUUGCCGAUUCUGUCGAGCGACGGGCUCCUCGCGCUCGGGUCGACGCUGACACUCUCGCUUUGGAUCCUCUCGCUGCAGUACUUUGCGGUGUUUCAAACCGCGGGCUACCUCUUGCCCAUGAUGGCCGGGCUUCUUGUCGACGUGGCCAACUUUUUUAUGUUUUACGCCGUCUUCCAGAUCGGCUUGACGUGCGUCUUUUACCAGCUGCUCCACACCAAGGACGGCGCGGGCUACGACAACCUCUGGAUGUCGUUCACUCGCACGUACUUUGUCAUGCUCGGGCAGUACGACAUUCGCGACUCGCUCGACGACCUAAACGAGCCGUUCAUUGAGACGUUUACGAUGGUGCUGCUCAUCUUCCACGCAACCGUCUCGGUGGUCAUGCUCAUGAACGUGCUCCUUGCGAUCAUGAACAAGACGGUCGACCGCGGUCUUGAGCGCUCAAAACCGAGGCGGUCUGGAGCUUUGCCGACUCGAUUCUGCGCAUGGAACUCACGCUUGGGUCGCGCGAACGCAUGAAGCUCAUGUACCUCAACCGACCCGGCUACACGGACGCUGGCGAGAACGACCCGGAGCGAUAUCCGCUCUUGCGGAAGCUCACGAGCGCCAAGCAGCCCAAGCACAUGGAUGGCAUUUUGAACCCCGCGUUUGGCGACAAGAUGCUCAAAGCCGAGUGUGCGCUCGACGACGACGACGCGCGCGUCAUCAAGGAGCUCGAAGAAACCGUGCACGAGUGGAAGCAGCAGCUCCAGAGUCUCGAAAGUAUCAUUGAAGGCGAGAUCGAGACGCUUCUCGAGGCCAUUCGGCACGCGAAUCACUUUGCGCCGACCGCGAUUCUCGGGAACGAGGCCGAGCGCAUUGGUGCGACCAAAGCCAACGUCUCGCUGCGCUUCCGGACCGUCUUGGAGCAGCGGCCGCCCGAGCUCAAGGACAUGCCGUCGCGCAUCAAGGACGUCCAGCGCGCGGUCGAGGCCGAGUGCCUCGCGUUCCAGCUGGCGCUCACGAGCCUUCGCGACUCGGAUGAUUUCUUCUACCGCGUCGUACAUGGUAUCUCGCUCAACAGCGCGAUCGAGCGCGGCAUCGCAAACAUCCGCGCCCAAUUUGGCAAGGCCGUCGACGCGUUCCAGCACAAGGCCGACGAGGAGCUCACGCUCGGCGACCUCCAGACGCAGGCCGCCGAGAUCCAAGCCACGCAAGUCGCCGCGUUCAAGGAGCAGUCGCAGCGCUGGGCGAUCUUCACGGAGCUCUUUAGCAAGCCGCCGCAAAAGGAGCCUGCUCUGUUGACGAGCAAGUCGCUGGGCACGAGAGGUAAUAGCAUUAUCAGCGACUCGGACGCUGCCGCGAGCAUUGCUCGGAUCGAGCUGCAAAUGAAGCGCCAGGCCGACGCCGCCCAAGCCCAGACGGCCGCCCUCGUCGCGCAAAUGACCGCGAUGCAGGCCACCAUCGACCGUCUCAUGGACCGUCUCGACGCGACGACCGACUAAGAUACCGAUCUUAUACAC